GAGCUUUUCAUUGACGGUGAACGAUCAACUUCCGGGAAGGGGUAAUUCCGUCAUUUAAGUAAUAUUCUUACGGUUCUAUUUGACCCCAGUACCUGCCGACUCAAUUUCUUCUCAAACUCAAAGCCAUUCUCAGAUCAGAAUUCAGAUAGACUUGUUCCAGGGUUAGUAAAUUUCCAUCAACAGUGAACGAAAUCAACUUCCGGAAAUGGAUCCCUCCAAAACUUAUCCAUCCACCGUCUGCCACGUGGUGGCGAUGCCCUAUCCCGGUCGAGGCCACAUCAACUCCAUGUUGAGCCUAUGCAAGCUCCUAGCUUUGAAAAGGCCCCAACACAUUCUCAUCACCUUCGUAGUCACCGAAGAGUGGCUCGGCUUCAUCGGCUCAGACCCUAAGCCGGCUAACUUCCGCUUCGCCACCGUACCCAACGUCAUACCUUCCGAGCUGGGUCGCGCCAAAGACUGGGUCGCCUUCGUGGAAGCCGUAAGCACGAAGAUGGAAGCGCCCUUUGAGGAGCUCCUGGACCGUCUUGAGCCACCGGUGACAGCCAUCGUGGCUGACACUUAUUUGGUUUGGGUUGUCGGAGUUGGGAACCGGAGGAAUAUACCGGUGGCAUCGCUGUGGCCCAUGCCGGCGACAGUGUUCUCUGUGUUUCACCAUUUUGACCUCGUCGUGCAGCACGGCCACUUCCCGAUUGAAGUGUCAGAACGCGGAGAUGAGCUUGUGGACUACAUUCCAGGAGUGCCUGCUACACGCAUUGUAGAUCUUCCCACCUUUAUGUAUGGAAACGGUCAAGAAGUCUUGGAUGUAACCCUAGAAUGUCUUUCAUCGCUGUCUAAAGCACAAUAUCUUCUAUUUGCUUCCGUCCACGAGUUUGAAGCUGAAGUCAUUGAUUCUUUAAAAGCAGAACUUCCUUUCCCAGUGUACUCUAUUGGCCCCGCCAUACCUUACUUCGCACUUCAAAAGAAUUCCUUUCUAACAGAUGGUCACAAUGGUGUCAACUAUUUCCGGUGGCUAGAUUCUCAACCUACAGGCUCUGUCUUGUAUGUCUCAUUAGGAAGUUUCCUUUCAGUUUCAAGUGCCCAGAUGAAUGAAAUUGCAGGUGGCCUGCAGGAUAGUGGUGUUAGAUACUUGUGGGUGUCACGAGAGGAAACUGAUCGGCUUGGAAAUGGUGGUGGUGGUGGUGGUGAUAUGGGCUUAGUAGUGCCUUGGUGUGACCAAUUGAAGGUUUUGUGCCACUCUUCUGUAGGAGGGUUUUGGACACAUUGCGGAUGGAAUUCCACAUUGGAGGCUGCUUUUGCUGGUGUUCCUAUGCUUACUUUCCCUAUAUUUUGGGAUCAAAUCCCUAACAGUAAACGGAUUGUGGAGGAUUGGAAGGUUGGAUGGAGGGUAAAGAAAGAUGUGGGAUUUGAAAACUUGGUGACGAGGGGAGAAAUCUCAGAGCUUGUGAAAAGGUUUAUGGAUCAAAAAAGCAAUGAGGGGAAUGAGAUGAGGAAAAGAGCAAAAGAAGUUCAAGAGACCUGCCGAGGCGCAAUUGCUGAAGGUGGGUCAUCUGAAACAAAUCUUGAAGCUUUCAUUAAGGAUAUUUCAAAAGGCCACGAUCAUUAAGCAUAUUGUUUUGUGUUAUUUUUCGGUGAUGAAUUAAUUUAUAGCCUAUGAAUCAUACUUAAUUUCAAGACGUUCAUGUGAAUUUCGGACAUAUAA